CAGUCCAAGCAGAGCAUCUCAGCACUUACUCCCCAGGCAAACUGUCAGGCCGGACCUGGGUAAGGAACCUAACGGUUAGAAUUCACUUCCAUGACCAAUGUCAUCCUUUCUUUGGAGGUACAUUCACCUGGAAGAUUCCCAGUGUGGAGGGACUGUGUUCUGAGCAACGACUAAACAGAAGCUGAUGAAAUAUCUGGGAGUGGACAAUGAUUGGGAAAUCUUAUGUCCUGCUGUUUCUUCUUCAAGGCGUGGCAACAGAAGAAUGGACCAUGACAACUGCAGCUCGGAAGGCUAUCAGUGGUUCAUGUGUGGUUUUACCCUGUACCUUUGACUUUCCUUCGCACCCUUACAAGGCCGUGCAGGGAGCUUGGUUUAAAUACUGGUAUUACUGGAAAUACGCUGUCGUCUACAGCAAAGACCCCAAUUAUGGGAUGCCCACCUUUGUUGGACGUACAGGUAUAAUUGGAGACUUGGAGCAGAAGGAUUGCUCCUUGAAAAUUAACAACCUCAGGCCUGAAGACAGUGACAACUAUUAUUUUUAUGUGGAUGUGGAAGGAUUCGACGUUUACACCUUCAAAGAACCAGCCCAUCUAAAGGUUCUUGAUGUUCCUGACCGUCCUGAGAUGUUACUCCCGAGGGAUUUACGGGAAGGGACGUCAGCUUAUAUAAUCUGUAAAGCCCUCCACACUUGCCCUGAUAACCCUCCCAAACUGACCUGGAGUGAGCUGCCAUCUUCCUCAGUCAGUGACACCACAGAGAGCGAGGGCGAGAUUUUUACAGUGCUGACCUUUAACCCUUCACACAUACACCACCAUCAAACUGUCCGCUGUACUUGUGAAUACCCUCAAACCAACCAUCGAGUGUUCAACUCGGUCACCUUGAGUGUGAAGUAUGCACCACAGAAUCUCUCAAUUACUUCCCCUCAUAUAAUUCAAGGUUCAUCAAUCAAUAUAAAUGAGGGGAAUUCUGCAGUGCUAAUCUGCUCUGUUGAGAGUUUCCCAGCUUCUAAUCUGAUGUGGAGACAUCUUAAUGCCACAAUGAACAAAACAAGUUCCAACAAUGAGCUGUGGUUGGAGAUUCCUCACAUUGCACACAGUGAAACUGGAGACUAUCAGUGUUUGGCAGAGAAUGCACAUGGAGCAGUGGAGGGCUCUAUAACCAUCACUUUGGAAUAUGCACCACGGAAUCUCUCAAUUACUUCUCCUCAUAUGAUUCAAGAUUCAUCUAUCAAUAUAAUUGAGGGGAAUUCUGCAGUGCUAAUCUGCUCUGUUGAGAGUUUCCCAGCUUCAAACCUGAUGUGGAGACAUCUUAAUGUCACAAUGAACAGGACAAGUUCCAACAAUGAGCUGUGGUUGGAGAUUCCUCGCAUUACAUCCAGGGAGACUGGAGACUAUCAGUGUGUGGCAGAGAAUGAACAUGGAGCAGUGGAGAGUUCCAUAACCGUCACCGUGCAAUAUGCACCACGGAAUCUCGUAAUUACUUCUCCUGUUGUGAUUGAAGAUUCAUCAAUCGAUAUAACAGAGGGAAAUUCUGUAGUGAUCACCUGCUCUGUGGACAGCUUCCCAGCUUCUAACCUGAUGUGGAGGCAUCUUAAUGUCACAAUGAACAGGACAAGUUCUGACAAUGAGCUGCGGUUGGAGAUUCCUCACGUUACAUAUAGGGAGACUGGAGACUAUCAGUGUGUGGCGGAGAAUGAACAUGGAGUAGAAAACAGCUUUGUCACCAUCAAUGUGCAAUAUACCCCACAGGAGAUCACAGUGUCCACCAGUGCAGCCUCAGGUGGGAUCAGAGAAGGAAACAACGUCACAUUAACCUGCUCCAGUGAAAGUGUCCCGUCGAUAUCUCAUUACACCUGGUUCAGGAUCGAGGGAAACGCCAGCACCCAAUUAAACACAAACAGCUGGAUUCUCUCCUUCACUCCAGUAACACGGGGGGAUGAUGCAGGUUUCUAUUGCACAGCAACAAACCCAUUGGGUAACAGCAGCUCCAACACAACCCACCUGAAUGUGGAAUAUGGUCCAGAGCUUUCCCAGGAGUCAGAAUGUGCUUGGAGGGCAGAUGGGAUCGCCUGCAUUUGUGUGGCCAGUUCUAACCCUCCUGGAGACCUCACCUGGCACCUGCCCCAUGCCAACCUCAGUGGUAACCAAACACGCGGAGGUUUUGUGUCACAGCAACUCAGAGCGGGACAUCUGGUGAUGAGCUCACUGUUCCUUAUGGGACACCAGGAUGAAGAGGAAUUGAUGGCAUCAUGCUCAGUUCGAAACCCACAUGGGGCAACCAUGUUCAAGGUGCAUCUUUGGGUCAAAGGGAGAGACUCUAACAAAUGGAAAGUGGGAUUGGGCAUGACUGGAAUCAUGUUGAAUGUUUUCCUGGCUGGAAUAUUAAUCUUCCUGUAUGUGCGAAAGAGAAAGACAGCGACUGAGGAGACAGCAUCAAAGACCAAUGAGAUUGAAUUGACCUACAGUCAACUCUCUGUGAAACACCAGGGUUCAGAGAACACGGUGGUUACCGACCUUCAGAUCACAACCAGGGACACAACUAGAGAGGGAGAGACAUCAGGUCCCCAGGAAGUCUUUGGUGGUGGAGUGGGCGGAGAUGCUGGCCACCAAUAUAGAAUUAAAGACCUUCUCCAAGCCAACAUCAACUUUCUUAAGCUACCCAGCGGUGAUGAGACUGUGCAGAGGGACAAGGAUACAGAUUAUGCACAGAUCAGAUUGUAGCCGAACUGAGAAAGAAACAACGGCGGGGGCGG